CCGUGACAGCCCAUGAGAGAGGACGUGAGCCCGCAAAGGCGGACAGCAGUAAAUCUUUGUUUCUUUGUGCAAGACACUGUCCAACCUAACCUGCAAAAAUGUUAACCUAUGAUGAUAUUUUAAAGGACAUCGGAGAGUUUGGAAGAUACCAGAGGUGGAUUAUCCUGCUUUUGUCUUUAAGUGGGGUAACAUUUUCGUUCCUGAUUAUCGCAUUUGUUUUUCUGGGAAUGACUCCAAAUCACUGGUGCAGGGGUCCCCCUGACCUAUUGGCGCUAAGAGAAAGGUGUGGAUGGUCUCUGGAUCAGGAAAAGAAUUAUACUGUGCCUCUGGAGAGAUCGAGCAGCUCCUCAUACAGUCAAUGUGAAAGCUAUGAGAUAGACUGGAAUGCAACGUUUCUCACCUGUGAAUAUCCUGUGUCAUUAAUGACUAAUGAUUCUGGAGAUUUUCUACGCACAACUUGUAAAAAUGGUUGGUCUUUUGAUGGUUCACGAACAACAGUUGUCAGCGAGUAUGAACUAGUGUGUGAAGAUGCCUGGAAGGUGGAUAUGUCUCAAACAUGUAUUGAAAUCGGCUUUUUCCUAGGAGCACUGAUCACAGGCUAUUCUGCAGAUAGGUUUGGACGAAAGCUUUGCUUGCUGGCCUGUCUGGCUGGAACAGGAGUUUCUGGGAUUGCUGUCGCUGUUGCACCAACUUACCCAAUGUUUGUGAUUUUUCGAAUUCUACAAGGCUUAUUUGGAAGAGGGAUAUGCUUGAUCAAUGCCGUCAUCGCCGCAGAAUUGGUUGGACCAAGAUACAGAAGAGUUGUUAUAGUUGUAACACAAGCAGCUAUCUCAUCGGGUAUCAUGGUACUUCCUGGUUUGGCCUAUUUAAUUCGAUCUUGGAAAGGAAUCCAAAUGGCCAUUACCAUUCCAAACUUUGUUCUGCUGCUUUACUGCUGCUUAAUCCCAGAAUCUCCUCGAUGGUUGUUGACUCGUAAGCGGAUCAAAGAAGCAUUGAAAAUUGCCCAGGAUAUUGCAGAACAGAAUGGCAAGAGUCUCCCAUCGACUUACAAAGAGAUGGUAAGAGGAGAGAACAGCUCUGACAAAAUAAAAAGUCCCUCCUUACUUGAUCUGUUCAGAACACCACAAAUGAGAAAGCGAACAUUUAUUUUAAUGUACUCCUGGUUCACAAACAAUUUGGUGUACGUUGGGCUUAUCUUGCGUUUAGGAAUCCAGGGAGGUGACAGUUACACAGAUCUCUUAGUCGUGGGUGCAGUGGAACUUCUAGCAGCGAUUCUUGGUAUCCUGGUGGUCGAUCGCUUUGGACGGCGCAGUCCCUUGUUGAUUUCCAACAUACUGGCAGGGACAUUCUGUCUACUGGCGGCAUGUAUUUCAGUUGAUAUGCACUGGCUCAAAAGUGCUGUUGCCACAUUGGGCAGAUGCGGAACAACAAUGUCACUCAGUAUACUCUUUCUUGUGACCAAUGAGCUACAACCCACUUCAAUAAGGACUUUUGGUGUUUCAGCAUGUUCAUCCCUCAGUGCCAUUGGUGGGAUUGCUGCGCCAUUUGUGCUCUUCAAAUCAGCAAUCAUUUGGAGCGAACUUCCUCUGGUAAUUUUUGGUGCUCUAUCUCUGGUAGCUGGUGGUCUGAUGCAAUUGUUACCUGAAACAAAGGGCACAAGAUUACUAGAAACAAUCGACGAUGUGGAAAAUAUUAUGCGGCUUUAUAACCAAGAUGAAUAUAAAGAGAUGAUCGAUCUCAGCAUUUCGACCUAGAGAAUGGAAAGAAAACUAUUACAGGAAGAGAGAGAUCCAUGUCAAACCAAAAUUCAGUGAAAUCUUACUUGUCUGUCUUUCUACAAUCAAUUGUUUUCAUUCUGCUGGUAGCGCUUUGUGCAAAAGACAAAAUUAAGUGAAUAACUGAUGAAAGUGUCUAUUUCUGAACGUAUCAAUUGGAAGCUUAUUACGUAUUGUUGAAUAAUAAAUCAUAGUUGCAAAAUAUGUAGUAAUAGAUUGCCCAUUAUAACUGAUAUGACAACAUUGAUCUAUAACUUGCAUCUAUAACUUACUAAUGGGAAUAUGAAGUUAAAUUAUCAGGAUCAGGAAACUUUGAUUUGAAGAAAGAUCACUGGAUUUGAAAUGUUAAGUCUGUUUUCUUUCUCCACCGAUGCUGCCAGACCUGCUGAGUUUCUCCAGCAAUUUCUGCUCUUGUUUCAGAUUUUCAGCCUCUGCAGUUUUUUGUUGCAUAACAUUAAAAAUUAAGUGUACUAUAAAGGAAAGAAUUGAAUCAUUUGAAAACAUUGAAAUGGAAUAAAACAAAACUAAUAUUAGAA